AAGCCGGUACUGGCAUCUGAACUGAUUGCAAAGGAAUCGAUAGGUUUAUUCGAGGAGAGAGCAAGGCAACGAUUGCGGGUGGGCACUUGCUGCACUUCAGUUGAUGAUGCACUGAGUGGGGGACUGGUCUAUGGACAAGAUGGCAUCUACAACAUCAGCGGCACGACGGGAAGUCGAGCCGCUGAAACGCCAGGCUUGCGAUGGUUNAUAUCCCUACAAAUUCUCUCAAGUCAUCUGCUCUCCUCGGUUACUCAUUCGGCAACCCUCAUCGAUGCAUCGGGCAACUUUGACGUUCUUUCCCUGUACAAAAGCCUUUUGACCCGGCUGUCAAAAAUCAACAGCAAUCAUCAUGAAGACAAUAUCAAGACUGCAACUUCCAUACUCGACAGGGUGAACAUCAUGCGUGUAUUUGACUUUGAAGGUGUGGUAGAGGGAUUGAAUGAACUAAUCGACGGACUGCAAAGCAAGAGUGUCCCAAAGAACACGAUUCGAGAUAGCCAAGAGGAAGAAGCGGAGGAGAUGCUUUUGGCAGAAGAUCACGGAGACGAAAACGAGAAGCAGGAGGAAAAGAAGGAAGAGCACGGUAUGGUUCUGAUUAACAAUCUGAGUCAGGUGCUGGGACUUUUGCUCAAGAACAACUACGCCNNCAAGACUGCAUAUACGAGGAAACAAAGCUUACACGAAUGUACAGGUCAAGCUACACUGACAUCGCUGAUCAGAAGAUUGAGAACCAUGGCACAAGAGCACAAUCUCUGCGUUAUACUGUUGAGCUGGAGUGUCUCUUAUGGAAGCGAUCAAGAACGAGUGUCCAUCUUCGAGGCUAUCAAAGCCAGACCGGGUCUGGGCAAGCCGCUGGGCUAUCUGGUCGACACACAGAUCCUCAUCGAUGCUAUCCCCAAAAAGGCGCGACCCAAAGGCAGUGGAGAACUAGUCAAUGUCAUUGAGGUCAUACACAGCAGAGGAAGCCACCAAGCAGGGAAUUUCGGCGUGUUUGAUGUCACUGCCGAUGGAGAGAUUGAAGCUGUAUCAUUC